ACCUUGAGAUUUCUCUUAAAACUUCUCUCUCUGCAAGCCGUGCCCACAGGCGGGUUUGCGUUGAAUGUUUUGGAAGCAGCAUGUGAGUAAAAUACUCAAGGGGUCGUAGAGCUGUCACGGCUUUGCUCUUACAGAGGCGAUUCCACAAGUGGAGGAAUGCAUCUUCCUUCCUCUCUGUUGCCUUUCCAUUGCUUUCCUUUUUCUUGUUUUCCUCCUGUUUUUUCAUUUCCUUCGGUUUCUGUUUGUGGUUUAUUCUGGUAAAACUCUGGCUCCCGGGUCUCCUGCCCUGGCCCUGCUGCGAAAGGAUUAGGGCAGGAAGCCAAAAGGGCAUCUGGGAUAAACAAGGCACCUAACGCCGUCUGUAUACUCCAGGUGCUCAUGUGGGUCUGUCUGUGAGAGCCGCAGUGGGGACGGGCCCGGCAGCCCCUCUGCCAUGCAGGCAGCUGCCUUUGGGCCAUUAAGUUGUGACUAAUUGGAGAAAAAUGAAUUUGAAGAAAUGCGUCAUUUUUAGAAGUAAAAAUAACAAAUGGAACAUGAAAAGUAUUUAAAGUGACAUCAUCAGAGAAAUAAAACCAGAGCCACACAAUUGAUUGCCGCUCUCGGAGGCUUUGCAAGCAAAAUAUGCCUCCGUCUCCUAAGUUAGGGGAAGCACCAGUACGGGGCUUCUCAGAGGACACUCGGCGUGAGUGAAGUUUUGCAGCUACGGCUUCAGCAGAGAAGGACCCGCGAGCAGCUGGCAGACCAAGGCAUCAUGCCACACUAAUACAAGCUGCAGCAUCCACAUAAUUCCUCCAAAAAUGUUGCACUGAAAAGCCCAUCCUCAUUCCAUGAACAGCGAAAAAGUCUGGAGCGAGCCAAGACUGAAGAUUAUCUCAAGCACAAGAUCAGAAGCAGGCCUGAGAGAUCAGACCUGGUCAAUAUGCACAUUUUGCAAGACUCAGCUGCAGAGGGGUCCAUUCAGUCUACUCAAAUGAAGCUGAAAAGAGCCCGACUGGCAGAUGAUCUCAAUGAAAAGAUUGCUCUCAGGCCGGGUCCUUUGGAGCUGGUGGAGAAGAACAUUAUUCCUGUCGACUCCGCUGUGAAAGAGGCCAUAAAAGGCACCCAGGUCAGCUUCCCCAAGGCGGCGGACGCCUUCGCCUUCGAGGAGGACAGCAGCAACGACGGGCUGUCCCCGGAGCAGGCGCGGAGCGAGGGCUCCCCGGGCCCCGCCGAGCCGCCGCCGGCCGCCAAGGGCCCAGAGCCCGCCGCGGGCUCCGCGCCUCAGGACCAGCCCUGCAGCGCCGAUGGCCACGCACUGGACCCCGCAGCGGCGCAGGGCAUCCAAUGUGACAGCCCCAAGCAGCUGGCAGGGCAGGAGAGCCCCAUGCUCCCGGUGCCCUCCGCCGUGAAGUCCAAAUCGGCGAGUGACAGCAAGAACCGUCACAAAAAGCCCAAGGACACCAAGCCCAAGGUGAAGAAGCUGAAGUAUCACCAGUACAUCCCUCCAGACCAGAAGGCAGAGAAGUCCCCUCCACCCAUGGAUUCUGCAUAUGCCAGACUCCUCCAGCAACAGCAGCUCUUUCUGCAGCUCCAGAUCCUCAGCCAGCAGCAGCAGCAGCAGCAACAGCAGCAUUUCAGCUACCCAGGGAUGCACCAAGGCCAAGUAAAGCAAUCAAAUGAGCAAAUGGUCAAAAGUUCAAAUUCUUCAUCAACUGCUGUCAACACCAGCCCUCUUUCUCCUGUGAAAACCACCUUUUCGGGCCAGACUUGUGUCUCAUCAAUCAAGCCAGGCCCUCUGCCGUCAAACCUGGAUGACCUGAAAGUGUCAGAACUGAGGCAGCAGCUCCGAAUACGAGGCCUGCCCGUGUCAGGUACCAAAACAGCGCUGAUGGAACGGCUGCGGCCCUUCCAGGAGUGCGGCAGCAACGCAGUGCCCAGCUUCAGCGAGAUCACCACCGUCACCUUCCCCGUCACUCCAACCAGCACCCUGUCUAGUUACCAGUCGCAGUCCUCCACCAGCAUGUUAUCCAAUGGCUUCUACCACUUUGGCAGCACCAGCUCCACACCACCCAUCUCUCCAGCCUCCUCUGACCUCUCUGUGAGUGGCUCAUUGCCAGACACAUUCAACGAUGGGCCCAUGUCUUCUCCACAGUUUGGUCUCCAGCCGUCUCCAGUUCAUGGCAGUGCUGAAGAAAGCCUCAUGAGCAGCAUGAAUGGAGGGAGCAUCCAGCUGGAGCUGGAAGGGAUCGACACAGAGAAAGACAAAAUGCUGGUGGAGAAGCAGAAGGUCAUCAAUGAACUAACGUGGAAGCUGCAGCAAGAGCAGAGGCAGGUGGAAGAGCUACGGAUGCAGCUCCAGAAGCGAAAGAGAAAUAAUGGCCUUGAGGAGAAGCAGCAGCCCGCUCCUCAUUUCUUUGGUGUCCCCAUCAAGCAAGAAAACACAGUGUCCAGCUGUCCGUUUGCAUCCAAACAAACUGCCUUGAAAGGCCAAGCCAACAGCUCGGAUAAGUUGAGUAACUGUGGGGUGCCACAGCUGCCUCACAUUGUAAAUAGCCACUGCUUGGAGCCUGCAGGGCAAAGCACCAUCACCUCCUCGACAUUCCUGAGCCCGCAGUGCUCCCCCCAGCACUCCCCACUCGGGGCUGCAAAGAGCCCCCAGCACAUCAGCCUGCCACCCUCUCCCAACAGCCACUAUCUCCUCUCGGUGUCCCCCAGCUCAGAAGGGCGCAGUGGGUCCCCGCAGGCCAGCAGUUGCCUUCGCACAGCACCGAUGCCUACGCAGGCAGGUCAAAAGUUUUCUAUUCCAUCCCCAACUUUUUGUAAGUCAAGCCCAGCCCUCUCAGAGGUAAAGCAGCCUCCACCCUAUGAGGAUGCAGUAAAGCAGCAGAUGACACGAAGUCAGCAGAUGGACGAGCUCCUGGACGUGCUGAUCGAGAGCGGAGAAAUGCCAGCCAAUGCCAAGGAAGAUCAGUCCUGCCUCCAGAAAGUACCUCAGAUAACGGUGUCUACAGGGAACUCCAGCACCGCGCUCCCCAAGGCAUCGGCCCCGUUUGAGCAGGUCUCCUCAGCCCAGCUCCCCUUCGAGCACUGCCCGGGCAGCGGUGACGCUCACCUCGAGGUGCUGCUGAGCGCCCACAGCCCCCUGGGCAGGGUCAGUGAAAUCGCCCUGCUGAAGAUGGGGGCAGAGGAGUCCCACUUCGAAGGGAUGAUGGAGGGGUUCCCCGGCAAGGCCGCCGAUGAACUGCUCCCCUCUCAGGAGAUCUUACAGCCUCCCCUCUCGCCCAUGGACACCCAGCUCUCCCCUUCCCCUGCCGACGGCGCCGGUUUACAGAUGAGCUUCACUGAGUCUCCAUGGGAAACGAUGGAGUGGCUGGACCUGACCCCCCCCAGCUCCGCCACCGGCUUUGGCUCGCUCACCCCAGUGGCUCCCAGCAUCUUCAACAUUGAUUUCCUAGACGUUACCGAUCUCAACCUAAACACCAGCAUGGACCUGCACCUGCAGCAGUGGUGAGAGGGAGGGUGGUGGAGGCAGGACGCAGCAGCCAGCACAGUGUUCCUGUCAUGCCGGGGAACGCACAGGGCGAAGGUGCCACAUCCAGGGGAAACUGGAGUCAUUUUCCCAGCAUAUAAACUGAAUAUCCAGUUAUGGCCAAUCGACAGCACAGUUGCUCUGGUAGCUUGGUUUUCCUCCAUCGACACGUCCCCACAGAGGACAGCAGUGCCUUUAAUGCUUCUUUAGAUUGAAAAGAACUUUGGUUCCCUUUCUUUUCUCUUUCCCCCCUUCCCAGUUUUAGCAGCCACUCUUGUGAGAACUGGAGCAGCUCAUGACAAAACUCUGUGAUGAGGAGACCUCACCUUGGUGGCAACAGGAAAUCUUGGAGAGGAUAGCCUGUUGCUGCCCUCUCCUCCUGCCCGCCUCGCCCUUCAAGCAAUCCUGCUGGGCUCAUCCUGGCCAUGCCCAGGCAGGGAUGUGGGAUCAGGGAGGCUCUGCCCAGCCAGGGUGACAAGCACACUUCUCCAUACAGCCAGGCUCGCCGAGCUUCCUGCCUCCACCGCUGUGUUGCCCAGUCCCUGCACAGCUCUGCCCCAUGUGGAUGAGAGGUGGAGACCCCCCGUAUUCGUGGUAUCACCUUGUCAUGUCCUCAUGGUGCCUCAGGGGCUGAAAGCCCAGGAGCCAUCCUGGCUGCAGUCUGAAGUGGAUCAGGCUGGAGCCUGUGAUCGCUGGAUGUUGGAGGCAGCUGCUCAGGCUGCACAGGCAGGUACCAAAGGGAUGUGGAGUCCCAGUGAAGCUGCUGCACCCCAGCUAGCACGGUACAGAUGAAGAGAUGUGUAAUGUGUUUUGGUCCAAGGUAGGAGCAAGUCGUACAGAGAAUACAGCCCUUUGGAGGGGCUGACCUUUGCACAGCCAGAAGUCAGGAUGGAUUUCCACCACCUUGCAUGACCUGGGAGCAGGGAGAGCCAGAAAUGGACACUCAGCGGCCGGCACAUGGGGCAGGGUUGAGCAGGUCCUCGCGGGGCUGCAGUUCUGUGCAAGCAUCUGCUGUUGUUGCCUCCACUCCUCAGCCAUCUCCCAUUCCCACUCCCUCCAUUCUUCCCAUCCCUCCUCAAUCCCCAUCAGUCAUCCCCUGGUUCCCAAGUUUACUCCAGCAUCACUGCUCACAGCCCAGAGCAAGGCCACCCGGAGAACGGCUGUGAAUCACUGAGCCUGGAGGAGCUAGUUCUCCUGAAGCUGGCAGAGACGGAUGCUCUCCUGCAGUGAUGCCUCCCAUUUGAAGUCACCAGCAUUUCUCCUAUGAGUCUCUGUGCAAUAUAUUUCCUCAGGCUCUGGAGAGAAGGAGCCUUUGCUUCACUUGGCUUCCACCAAAGACCUUGCUGCGGACUUGUCUGACGGACACGUCUACUUCUUUGCAAUUCUGGUUUUGCCAAAGUAAAUAUUGUUGCUGACAAAGAUUGUUAAACUAUUUACAGACUGAGCGUAUUUAAUAUUUGUGUUACUGGAAAGACAGCACAUCGGAGGUGCAGCAGCCGGGGGGGGAAACCGGCCAUGGUUCCCAUGGGAUGCUCCCCCCAGGGAUGCUGGAGCUGUCGAGGAGGCUGUGCAGCCCCUGCUGCGCCUCCAGCUCGUGGCGUUGUUGCAUGCUGUAUAAAGCACGUGGCAGUAGCUCUCAAGUCGCUGUUUAAAGCACCACUUUUCUAUUGUACAAAUGGUCACAGUGCACUGCCAGGGUAGGGGGUCACAGGGUGCAUUUUGUAAAAGAAUUCCUUUUUCUAAGUGAGAGAUUUUCCCAAGCCAGUCCCUGCAGAGUAUCACCAGCACCUGAACCAGAGUAGUGUUAGCUGCUGCACUGCGGCACUGUACAGGCCUGUCCAGGUAACUUCCUCCUCUAGGCAAACCUAGUUCCUUAUUUAAAGGGAUGCUGUCAGCUUCAAUCUUGUAAGCAAGCACAUUUCCUUACCUAUGUUACCAGCAACACCUUCAUUAUUAAAACCCUUUUGUCUUGA